AUGUUCUCUCUAUCCAGGUUUUCCAUUCUUGUGGUUCCAUUUUUAAGACUUCCAUUAUUAUCACUCAUUUCAAUAAUAUUUGCAAAUAAACAUCAGUUUUUGAAUUCGGUAGAUUUUUUUAACGCAAAUUUUGUUAAUAUUAAUGAGCCACUUCGAAUUUCGGUUAACGACCAACGUUUCUCGCUGAAGAGACAAAAGCGCGGUUCUGCUGUGAUUUUUGAAAAUGAUAAAUGGCCAAACGGACGUAUUCCAUAUGUUAUUUCUUCCACUUAUACUCUUUAUCAACGUGCUAUAAUUGCUCGUGCAAUAGCUGCUUAUACUGCACGAACAUGCAUUCGUUUUACUCCUCGACAACUAUAUGAUAGAGAUUAUAUUAUUAUCUCAAAAACUGAUGGAUGUUUUGCUGAUUUUGCACAUGUUGGAGGAGGUCCACAACAAGUAUCGCUUGCCGAUGAAUGCUUAAAUUAUGCAACUGUAAUUCAUGAAUUAAUGCAUGUAAUAGGUUUCAUUCAUGAGCAUCAACGUAAUGAUCGCGAUCAUUUCGUUAAUAUUUUGUGGCAAAAUAUUAUACCUGGCGCUAACACCGAUUUCGAAAAACUGACUUCAGUAAAACUAUCGUAUUAUGGUGAACGCUAUGAUUAUUUCUCUAUCAUGCACUACGAAUCAACGGAAGGUAGUCGUAAUGGAAAAAACACAGUAGAAGCGAGAAUCCAAGCAAUCACCCCACUGAUGGGUAAAAGUUCUGACUUCUCAUCAAGUGAUAUUAAUAGAAUUAAUCGAGCUUAUAAAUGUUAG